CGAUUCAAAUCCAUCUCUGUCGCUCUCUCUCUCUCUGUUUGCGAUCUCGAACCCUAAUGUCGGCGGACGCGGCGGUGUCGUCCCCGAGGGAAGUGCGAUCGGUGGACCCCCAAGUGUGGAAGGCCUGUGCCGGCUCCUCCGCGCGCAUCCCCGCCAUCGGAUCCCGCGCGUGUUACUUCCCCCAGGGGCACGCCGAGCAGGCCGCGUCCCCGCCCGAUUUCUCCGCCCUUCCUGCCGUCCCUGACGUCGCUCUCUGUCGGAUCUCCGCCGUCCGCCUCCUCGCUGACACUGAAACUGAUGAGGUUUUCUCCAGCAUCAGCCUCGACCCCCGGCCGUCGGUAGCCCUCUCCCACUCAUCGUCCUCCUCCUCCUCGUCUCCGCCAGAGGUCGCAGAUGGAGGCGAUGGGUUCGUUUCCUUUGCCAAGAUCCUCACCCCCAGCGAUGCCAACAACGGGGGCGGUUUCUCGGUUCCCAGGUUCUGCGCAGACUUGAUAUUCCCUCCCCUCGAUUUCAAUGCCGAUCCCCCAGUGCAGACCAUCUGGGUGUGCGAUGUCCAUGGGAGUUUGUGGGACUUCCGGCACAUCUACCGCGGGACUCCACGGCGCCAUCUCCUGACCACCGGAUGGAGCAAGUUCGUCAACUCGAAGAAGCUCAUCGCUGGUGACUCGGUGGUCUUCAUGAAAAACCAAUCCGGCAAGAUCUUCAUCGGCGUCCGCCGCACCAGUCGCUCCUGCGGCCCUGUGGACCACUCGCCCUACAUCCCCCAAUCCACUACCCUGGUGACGAUGACGGAGAACUUCUCCGGCAGUGUGGGAUUCUCUAGGAACGUUAGGGGUAGAGUUCCGGCGGCAUCAGUGGUGGAGGCUGUAAGAUUGGCUGGGAUGGGCCUCCCUUUCGAGGUCUUGUACUAUCCAAGGGCUGGAUCCCCGGAGUUUGUGGUGGCGGAGGAGACGGUAGAAGCUGCGAUGAGGGUGCGUUGGACUAGUGGCAUGCGGGUUAGGAUGUCGCUGGAGACUGAGGACUCGGCGAGAAUGACUUGGUUUCAGGGUACACUGUCUUCUUUGGGGAUGAAUGACGUGGAACAGUGGCCACGAUCACCAUGGCGUAUGCUCAAGGUUAAUUGGGAUGAACCAGAGGUUUUGCAAAAUGUCAAAAAUGUUAGUCCUUGGCAAGUGGAUUUGGUGUCUGUUAGUUCUCAGAUAGAAACUCCAUUUUCUGUCAUAAGGAAUUUCAAGAUGCCAGAAAAUUCAGAAUUUCUUGGGAAUUCCACAGGGAAGACACUCCAGAUGACAGGAAUGAAGAGUAAAUCAAUUGGCAGUGUAUCCCCCUUUUUCAGUUACAUUGUUCCUGCUGGCAUGCAGGGAGCCAGGCAUGAUUCCAUCAGUAUACCCCAUUUAUGUGAUUCUGCAAUAAAUAGAGAUAAAAUAUUCAUCGAUGGUCCACAUGGUGUUAGCACGUUAGAAAAGAAUGAUGUGUCCGUAGAUCAAAGGAUCGGUACCACUUCACUAGGAGGUUCAUCUCAACCUAGCCAGGAUAGCAUCCAGGUUUUAGACAGAAGGAUUCUCGAAACAAGAAGUAAUCCAGUUAAAAAACCUAGUAUGGGAUCUUUCCAGCUGUUUGGCCAAGUUAUCUAUAUAGACCAACCUACUAAUGAUGAUAACGACAGAAAGUAUGAAGACACUGAAGGUGACAAGCCCGGUUCUUCUUUGUCCAAUCAGCACAAGCAGUUGGUUGUUCAAUGUCCAAGAGUUUCUGCUGUUGGAGCUUGUCAGUGAAAAAAUGGUGCCUGUAGUUCUAUGAUGCUCCAUUAACAGUUUUUCACAGGUGUGCUCUUUUGAUGGUCACGUCUUACAAGUCAUCUCAAAGUGCUGCCCGGACCUUGUCAUCUAUGCAGAUUAACAACCUGACUGACUGCUUCCUUGACUUCUUUAUGAUGCUUUGAACCCCAUCGUCUUAGUUAUGUUGUAUUUGCUUUCAGGAACAAGUUGUUUGAAACAGUUUAGCUUAGAAUAUUCUGUUUCCUUGGCUUCUUUCUAUGCUUUAGAUGAUUAAACUUCACUGUUGGAGGCAUCUUUACUUUUGUAGAGACUUUUUGAUCCACAUUUUAUCAACUUACUGCUGUCUUUUUGUUU